UCAGUUCGCUCGAGUAUAAAACAACAAUCCUCCCUCUUUUGCCAGUUAUUCUGCCCAAUCGCUGGCGCUGGCUGCACGCUUGUUGACCUUUGUACAAACACAAAAAAAUUAUGCCUAUCGACUUGUACUACGUGCCAGGCUCGCCGCCAUGCCGCGCCGUGCUGCUCACCGCGCGCGCCCUCAACCUCAACCUAAACCUCAAACUGGUGGAUCUGCACCACGGAGAACACCUCAAGCCUGAAUACCUCAAGUUGAAUCCGCAACACACAGUGCCGACGUUAGUGGACGACGGGCUGGCGCUGAGCGAGUCGCGCGCCAUCAUCACGUACCUGGUGAACAAGUACGGCAAGGCCAGCGGCCUGUACCCGGAGGAGGCUCGCGCGCGCGCUCUCGUCGACCAGCGCCUCUACUUCGACGUCGGCACUCUCUACCAGCGCUUCAGUGAAUACUUCUAUCCCCAAGUGUUCGCUGGCGCCCCAGCUGACAAGGAGAAGGCGGCGAAGGUGGAGGACGCCCUGAAGAUCCUGGACGUGUUCCUAGAGGGGCAGAAGUACGUGGGAGGGUACUGUCGCAGGUGGUACGAGACGGUGAAGACGACGGCGCCGGGCUACCAGGAGGCCAACGAGAAGGGGCUGGACGCGUUCAAGGCGCUCGUCAGCAGCAUGAAGAAGUAAACCCAGAGGGAGCCAGAGGAAGCCAGAGGGAGCCCCACUCCGGGGAAGUGACACAACGCUAAUGCUGUAGCACCUCACUGCACUAUCAUAAUAUAAGACUUGUAAACUAAGGCACAAUAAAUUAAUUAUUAUUUUAAA